AUGUCUUGGAAAGAUGGAAGCCUUUGGCUCUCAACUGAUCCUGACGAGUUAGAGGCCGCUACCGAAAAAACUUUCGGGGGAAAUUUGGUUACCGGAGAUCGGACGCUCACACCCGAACAAUUUAAAGCUACACUUAACCUCCUUGUAGGAAAUGGUUCGGAGUUUGACGUCAAUCGUACCUCGUGCGAUUUAGCCGUACCAAAGCAUUCUGAGCCUUUAGAAAAGACUUGUGCAAUUGACCUCUCGAUGGUGAAUCAGUCGCAAUGGUUGUCUCCUCCAGAAGAAGGCAUGGAAUACGACAUGGAUGUUCUCAGUAAGGCUUUGCACUAUAUGCUCCUGGGAUGGACUGAACCCUCCGAUCCUAUCUUCAUUCCUCUGCCCAAAGUAGCAUACCAACGCCAUUGCACAAAAGAAGCCGAUAAAGGUGUGCGUCGAGGAACCCGAAUCCGUGUUCAUACACCUAUCGAUUCCUGGGAUAGGGUGUACAGGGAGGUGCGUGUUAAUCCUGUCACAGGUCCACCUAGACGCGCCCUGUCGAGUCCGGGAACUGCGGUCUCAAAGGAAAAAACGGGGCCGAGCCCCAGACCCGACAGGGACACAUCAAUAUCCUUUCCUAUAAAAUAUGAUUGGAUACUUUCGGGGGUUACGCAGGCUCCACUAUCUUCUUGGAAGGCUGUGCUGGUCCUCUUGCAACAGCUUCUACUGCUGCUGCUUACCUUAACUUGCUUGGACUACUGUCUCUACAGGCUUCCAACUCUAUUCUACUUCACACCAGCCCCACUGCAACCGAACUAA